AUGUUCUCCUCUACCCGCCUUCAAGUCUUCGUUUGCCUCGCGCUCGGCCUCGCCGUCCAGGCAGCUCCCGUCAGCGCUCCUGGUGCCGUUGCAGUCGCGCGUGACGAUGGUGACUUCAACGCCGACGGGGAGUUUGACGGCGGCCUCUCGAGCACGUUGAACGACAACCUCGGCGAUAACCUCAGCGACGAGAUCAACAACAACUUUAACGAUGGCUUCGGUGACGACUUCCCCUUCAACGACUUUGGCGAGGACUUCGGUAGCGACUCCUUCGAUAAGCGUCAGCCCCUCCUCGGCCUUGGAGGCUCGAGCUCGUCGUCCGGACUCCUCGAUGGCUCGGGAUUGGAUUUGGGCACCUCCUCGAGUGAUGGCCUUCUCGGCGGCCUCAACCUCGGCAACAUCGUCGGUGACACCGACCUCGGCGUUAAUGCUGGACUUGAUGCUUCCAAGCGUCAGAUCUUGGAGAACCUCUUCGGCGAGGGUUCCGAUCUGGCCAACAACUUCGGCCUUGGCGCCUUGGGUGGUCUGAGUGGCGGCCUGAGCGGUGGCACCUCAACUAGCACCUCUACCGACGGCACUGACAGCUCCACCGACACGUCCGUCGACGGCUCGACCGACGACUCUACCGAUUCAAGCGGCCUUGAUGGCCUUCUCGGCGGUUUCGGUGGCAGCGGCAGCGCAGGGCUCGGCUCGGGCUUUGGUCUCAAGCGUCAGGUUGACCUCGCCUCCAGCUUCGGCGCCGACGGUGGUCUUAACAUCAACAGUAUUCUUCAGCAGCUUGGCAUGAGCGGCAACGUCCUGACAGGCGGCAGCGUCUCGGCGUCGGGUACCGACGCUGCAGUCACCGCCACCGCCACCGCGACUGCCACCGAUUCCGUCGAGACGGGUACCAUCUCCAUCCCGACGGCGGUCACCGCCACCGCAGGCGCUUCCGCCACGGGCACGACCUCCAAUGGGCUUGACCUCAGCAACAUCCUUGGCGGACUCAACCUCGGCAAUAGUGCCAACUUCGGUCUUGGCGCCAGCGCUGGCGCGAACGGCGGUCUUGGUGGCCUUGACCUCAGCUCGCUCAACCUCUAA